AUGGGGUGGGAGUGUAAGAUCGACAGCCUGACCUUCUCGCGAGCGGCAAGCCGGUGUAAUUCCCUGGCCAUGAUUGAGAAUGUCAAGAAGGUUAACGUCGGCCCGUUGGGGCUCUUCCAUCUGUUAAACAUUGCGCACUCGAAGGAGGCGACUAACGCAGUCGACUAUGUCUAUGGCAUCCACAGCCUGGCCACCGGGAACGGUCUGACUCUCCCAAUGCCAGACUAUCGCAAGUCAGUCGAGCAGAUCUUCAUAGAAACUGCUCGCCACUGUAUCGAUACAGAAGGCAAAUUGACGAUUCUGGCAAUGGUUGACGGGAAGGCUGAGCCUCCAUUGCCAUCUUGUGCCCCAAAAUUUCCCACUUCGUCCGAGCAGCCAAUCAUGGGAGAUUACAGUGUUUCCUCGGACAGCAAAUCAUCCUAUCGUUUCGAUGAUUCAGGUCUACGUUUGACCGUCAAAGGCGUCUUUCUCGACUCCGUGCAGUCAUGCGGCCGGGCAGUUCCCUACAGACGCGGUGUACUGUCUCCCAGGUUCGAUGCCUUGAAGAACGACUUCCAGGGCACCGUCAAAUCCGUCGUGCUUGACUGGUUGGGCAGAGUAGUAGAGAAGUUCGAGGCUGACGCUAACGAUGCGGUGGACAAGCUGCUCUGGACCAUGAGCCUCGACGAACCCACCUCCGAUAAUCAAGAGCCAGCCAUGUUCGACCUCGGCAACUUCAAGUAUUAUUUCUUUCGAGACGCUGAGAGCUUGUCGGCAAAAGACCAGAGACAGGCAAACUUCAUGGUCGAAAUUCUCGGUACGAGGCUAAACGGGCGCCGGCUCGUGUUGACAGAAUCUGGUUCCAUGGGCUUAGGUCCAGAAGCCUGCGAGCCGGGCGACUCUGUUGUUCUCAUCGCCGGAAUGCGGAUGCCAUUUAUUGUCCGCAAAGCCGGGCUAUACUGGAGACUCGUCGGCUGGGCAUUUGUGUACGGCAUCAUGUACGGUCGUUCGUGGCGGGGAGAUGAGGGACUAGAUGACAUAGAACUUGUCUGA